AACCAGGCAUGUUAGCAUCUCCCGGACCCUCAUCUCUCUCUCUCUCUCUCUCUCUCUCUCUCUCUCUCUCUCUCUCUCGGUUAGCACUCGGCAAUCCGCGCACUCAGCCAUAUACACCCUCACAGGAGGCUACAGUAGUUUUCCGUUCUCUAUCAUUCUGUAUCUAUCUACCACUCGCGUUUGGUUCAACCACAGGCAGACCCGCACCUUUGCCUUCCUCUGUCUCUCUCGGCACAUAACCAGUUGCACCGGUGCACCAGCGUUUCAACUCUCGUGAACCCUUUUUUUGUCGUCCAGUGUGCAGUUGCCUCCUUACCCACAGCCUGUCACCUUCACCUCAGUGGUGGAGUAAUUUGUUCCUCAAAAAAAUUUGAACAUAUUUUGAAGGGUAAAGAUGAGGGUGAAGAAGCAGAAGAGACACAGGAGGAUAAUAAGAUUCUAUACAGUGUGCUUUGGGUUUAGGCAACCAUACAAGGUGCUUUGCGACGGCACCUUUGUGCAUCACCUUCUUGUUAAUCAAAUUACUCCUGCUGACACUGCACUCUCUAAUAUCCUCAGUGGUCCUGUCAAGCUCUUCACCACCAGGUGUGUUCUUGCGGAGUUGAAAAGACUUGGUAGCUCCCACUCUGAGUCCCUUGAUGCAGCUCAUAAGCUUGCUGCUGCAAGAUGCGAUCAUGAGAAGGUAAAAAGUGCAGAUGCAUGCAUCAUGGAGGUUAUUGGAGAAAGUAACUCUGAACACUUUUUUGUUGCUACCCAGGACACUAAUCUGCGGAAGAAGUUGCAAGAGGUGCCUGGUGUUCCUCUCGUAUUUGGUCUGAGAAAUGCCCUUUUCCUUGAGCAACCAUCUGCAUUUCAACACCAGUAUGCCAAAACCUCUGAGGAAGAGCGCCUCCAUAUGACUAAAUCAGAAUAUAAGAUGUUGGAGAAAAGGACCAAGAAGAUACUGACAACUGAUGAUGAAGGGGACUUGUCUGAUAAAAAUGAAGGUUCAGGAGAUCAAAGUGUAAGGAAGGAGGCUGUAAUUAGACCAAGAACUGGAAAAAGGGAAAUAGGUGUGAAGGAUAGAGUUCAAUUUAAGAGAAAGAAAGCCAAGGGACCGAAUCCACUUUCAUGUAAAAAGAAAAAGAAUCACAAAAACCAAAAUCCUGUCUUUGGCAAGGGAAAAAGGGAUGGGGAUAAUACUGUGAGAAGUAGGAGCAGGAAAAGGAAGAGACACGAAGGCAAAAAAGAGGCAGAAACCAAUUCCUAAUGUUUGAGGAUUUAGGAUAAGGUGAGAGAAUUGAAAAAACAAUGAAUUGUGAUAGAAUUGGGAAAAGCAAAUGAGGUCUGGCUUUUUUACUUAUUGGAAUUGUAUCCUUUACUGUCUCAUAAGAUCUGCCAGCUGACAGUUUUGUGAUUUAGUAGAAAUGGUGUCUCAUUGUUUUA